GGCGAGGAGAAUAUAAAUGGAGGCUGGGAGGCGGGCGCCCCACUCAGUCCGUUCCGGCCGUUACCGAGGCCCGCUGUCGCCGCGCUCCCGCCUGCCCGCGUUCCCGCCCGUCGCCGCUCCGCCUCCUCAGCCAUGAACGGGCAACUCAACGGCUUCCACGAGGUGUUCAUCGAGGAGGGCACCUUCCUCUUCACCUCCGAGUCCGUGGGCGAGGGGCACCCAGAUAAAAUCUGUGACCAGAUCAGCGACGCCGUCCUGGAUGCGCAUCUCAAGCAGGACCCUGAUGCCAAGGUGGCCUGUGAAACGGUGGCGAAGACGGGGAUGAUCCUGCUGGCCGGGGAGAUCACCUCGCGGGCCGCCGUCGACUACCAGAAAGUUGUGCGGGACACCAUCAAGCACAUUGGUUAUGACGACUCUUCCAAAGGCUUCGACUACAAGACAUGCAAUGUGCUGGUGGCCCUGGAGCAGCAGUCGCCCGACAUCGCCCAGGGUGUCCACCUGGACCGCAGCGAGGAGGACAUUGGUGCCGGUGACCAGGGGCUGAUGUUCGGCUACGCCACGGACGAGACGGAGGAGUGCAUGCCGCUCACCAUCGUCCUGGCGCACAAGCUCAACGCCAAACUGGCCGAGCUGCGGCGGAACGGGACCCUCCCCUGGCUGCGCCCCGACUCCAAGACGCAGGUGACGGUGCAGUACAUGCAGGACCGCGGCGCUGUCAUCCCCAUCCGCGUGCACACCAUCGUCAUCUCGGUGCAGCACGACGAGGAGGUGUCGCUGGACGAGAUGCGGGAUGCCCUCAAGGAGAAGGUGAUCAAGGCCGUGGUGCCGGCCAAGUACCUGGACGACGACACCAUCUACCACCUGCAGCCCAGCGGCCGCUUCGUCAUCGGCGGCCCCCAGGGAGAUGCCGGUUUAACCGGCCGCAAGAUCAUCGUGGACACGUACGGGGGCUGGGGGGCCCACGGCGGCGGCGCCUUUUCGGGGAAGGAUUACACCAAAGUGGAUCGUUCGGCCGCCUACGCCGCGCGCUGGGUGGCCAAGUCGCUCAUCAAGGCCGGGCUGUGCCGCCGGGUGCUGGUGCAGGUCUCGUACGCCAUCGGGGUGUCGCACCCCUUGUCUAUCUCCAUCUUCCACUACGGCACCUCGCAGAAGAGCGAGCGGGAGCUGCUAGAGAUCGUCAAGAAGAAUUUCGACCUUCGCCCCGGGGUGAUCGUCAGGGACCUGGACCUGAAGCGGCCCCUGUACCAGCGAACCGCCGCCUACGGCCACUUCGGCAGGGACAGCUUCCCCUGGGAAGUGCCCAAAAAACUCAAAUAUUAACACAAAACCGCCUUGUUCGGGCUUUUUCCCCCCAUUCCCGCGGGCGUAGGCUACAGAGAAGCUCGCGGGCUCUGGGGGAAAGAGCUCCCGGCCCCCCCCCCGUGUCCCCCGGCCCCCGUUUUUCUCUCUUCUCUCUGUCUCUCCAUCAUUUCGGUUGCGUGGGGACCACGCGCUCGUGCCUCUGCCCGCCGAGCCCUCCGGCUUCUUUAUAGACAAAAAUCCUCGUGCGACGUCUGAGCUCAGAGACGACAAAAAGCCCCCCGAGCGCUCCCCCCCCCGACCCCACUGUCCCGCCGAGGCGGGCGGGGGGGGACACAUUUGGGUCCCCCCUUCACCCCCCCGGGAUCUCGCUGGUGCUGGUUUUGUUCUUAACCCACGUUUUAAACCUCUCGGAGGACGCACGUUUUUUAAGGGGGGGGGGGGGGAGUGGUGUUAAAACCCCCCCCCCCCCACACCCCGUGCAGGUUUGGUAUUGGAGGAAACAUUUUAUGGUUUUUGGUUAUAUUUCUAAGCAAAGCCGAAGUGACUCCAAACUGCACAACCCCCCCCAUUCCCACCUCGGCACCCCGGGGGGGGCGGCUCAGCCGAGUGUUCUCGACGUAUUUUUGGGGGGGGGGGGAUAGGGGAGAUUUUUUGGGCCCUUCAUACUUGAACGUUCUUGUUUUGUUUUGUUUUCUAGCGGUGUAUUUAUUGUGUGCUGAGGCGCGGGGUGUGAUACAGAGAAGCCCCCGGGCUCAGACGGCAGCUCUGGAUUUUCCAGAAAGCCCCCCCAGGACCCCCACCCCCCUCCAGCCGCUUUCCCCCCGCCCCCAGGAGGCUCAAAAAGCCUCUAAAUUGGGGUAAAAAAAGGGGGAAACAGGGUUUUUGGGGCCGCCAGCCCCGGGACGCGGCGCAUUUGGCCGGUGUGGUACAGAGAAGCCGGCUUGUUUACUGCCCGUCCCGGGGGGGCCGGCGCCCCCAAAACAGGCUCGGUUGGGGUUUGGGGUGAUGGUUCAACGGGCUUUCUCUUUUUUUUUUUUUAAAUUUUAAUUUCUUUCUUUUAAUAUUUUUCUGGAGGUUUUAUUACAUUUCAUUUCGAUCUCACCAAUUCCAAAAAAAAAAAGAAACCAAGUUGAAAAAAACUUAAUAAAACUGCUGGGUUUAACCAUAAA